UUACAUGGUCCAACUUCUCAUGUUCCAGCUUUCAACUUUGACAAGAAACUCGUUUCUUUUCAGGAUCUUCAGAGAGAGAUGUUAUGUGGGUGGUCAAAGAGGCAUGGUGGACUUCCUUUUCGACUUUGAAUACUUAGCUGAAGAACUCUUCUGGUAUUUCUUGGAAGCUCUUGAUCUUAUAGUGGAAUUCUUGUUUAAACUAUACUUGCUACUGGCUUCUUUGAUUGAGGAUUUUGUUGGAUUCUUCUUUUGCCAAAUCCUAAUUACUUAGGUUCCUCCAAUCAAGGGCAGGAAAUAUUCUGUUUAUCAUCUACAUCCGGAACAAAGAAUGAUAAAUCAUUCCUAGAAUUCGGUCACAAGUAGAAUUGGUUGUGGACUAGUUUUGAGGGUUAAAGAGUUAUGGGCACAAUGAUGGAUUCGAUUCAAACUACCGUCUAUUACUGUUGUGUAUCAAAGAGUAACCGGAUCCUCUAUGCAUAUAGCGGUGGAGAUCACGAAAUUGAGAAUUUGGCUACUUUGUGCUUGGAGAAGGCUCCUCCUUUCCAUAAAUGGUAUAUUGAAACCUCGGGUAAGAGGACUUAUGGGUUUCUAAUUGAAGAUGGAUAUGUUUAUUUGACUAUUGUCGAUCAGAGUCUUGGAACUCCUGGGGUUCUUCAGUUUCUAGAUCAUUUGAGGGACGAGUUCAAGAAUAUAGCCAAGAAGGGUUCAAGGGGAAGUUUGUCGAGUGUGAACUCCGUUGGCAUCCAAGAACAGUUGGUUCCUGUUAUCAAUCGAUUGAUAACCUCCUUAGAAAGUGUUUCUCAGGUUGGUAGUAAUUGGACAGCUGAAACUCACCCAUCGCUUCAUGCUGGUCUUUCUCCAUCACCAGGUACUGCAAACGGACAAAUUGAAGUUGCCAGUUCUACAAAAGCGCCUCUACUCGGGAAGUCUAAUAAGCAAGAGAAGAAGAAGGCAAAAGAUCAUGUUAUUGCGAUGAGAGACAUUGAGUUGGAGGAACAUAGGAGAUCUGCUGACAGAGGAGUCAAUCUAGAUCCAUUGACUUUGGAUUCUAAUAACCAUGGUGUAGCAGGUUCUUCAGUUGCCUUACAAAAGGAUUCAGGCUCAAUGAGGAUUAGAUCAGGCUCUCAGAGCAUUCGAAAGAAGUGGUGCCGCCAAGUGCGAAUUAUCCUUGCUAUUGAUGCGGCUGUUUGUGUAGCACUGCUUGUGAUUUGGUUAUUGAUUUGUCGUGGCAUUGAGUGCAUCCGUUGAAUAUCCUGCCUGCCUGCCAUUUAAAUAUGCUUCCAAGAUCUAUCAGUUUCUGAAUGGAGCAAUUAUGACUUGAAAGCCUGGUAACAGAGAGUAGGGGAGUGUGUAGGGGUAUGGAGAGGAGCAGAAAUUUAAAGAAGCACCUUGUUAACAUUCUCAAGAUACUUUUACUCCUAUUUGGAGGUAUGUGCUCAAAAUACGCAUUGUCUAGGAAUUUGUUGUAUAGUUCUAUAGUUUCUGUGCCUAUGUAUAUGCAGAUUUAUGAACUUCGUUUCUGAGUUGGAGAAGUUCUAGACCUUUUUGCAAUCGCAUAAUAUACUGUAUUUUUGGGA